GGAGGAUGGGCACGGGCGAGUUUGCGUGCGUAAUGCUGCGCGGCGGCGCACCCUGGGGAUUCACACUCCGCCAGAGCGCUCAAGACCCUCAACAUCCAAUUCAGCUGCUUGAGAUAGAGGACGGUAGUCCCGCUGCCGUAGCUGGAUUGUGUGAGAAUGAUGAGCUGGUGUCAGUGAAUGGAAAGCCUUGCUCAAACCUCAGUCUCUCAGACGCUAUUGAACUCAUUGAGGCCUCAGCUGACUGUCUACAGCUGCUUGUCAAAAGAUGCUGUAGUCCACCUCAAGAGAGCUUUGAAAUGGUUAGUACCACUUUUCGGAUCCCUUCUCCAUCCAGGCCUCACGAGCCACAAGGACUAUACACCUCUGAGUCCCAGGAUGAAGCAUAUUAUGGGGAGACAGACAGUGAUGGAGAGUGUCCUGUGGGGACUCGAUUGGUCCGGACACAACUUCAGAUACCUGCUUCUUGGAAUAAAAGUACAGGCAUCAAUGCCCAGGGUGGUGUUGACACCAGUUUGGAUGUAACCCCAGGCUCUGUGGUGGAAUUGCAGCUCUCGCUCUCCAAGACCACCCUGGAAGAGCCAGACUGUACUGCAUUGGGCAGUGCAUAUGGAGUUGUGGGAGACGUCCAUCAUAGAAAGACGGAUGGGAGCGUCAACUAUACCACCACCUCAUUUUCUCCAGGUAACCCCCUCUACAUACCCCGUCGAGACCGGCAACCCCUUGGUCAGCGGGGUGUGCUGGUUAGCAAACCCCCUGCUUUGACAGGACAGGUGGAGGUGACAUUGAAGCAGUUAUCUGGAAGCAGUUCAGGAAAGGAGGGGGUAGAGGCCAGUGAACGGUUGGAUUCUGGUGGGGAAGAAGGAGGGCACACUGAAGAAGCUCCCACCUCCUCAUCUGUGUCCUUUGGACUUCCCUCAGAGGAGUGGGACUCCGAAUCGGAGAGGGAGGUCAACGAGCCCAACAAGCACCGGGCAAGGCACUCCAGGCUCCGGCGCAGUGAGAGCCUUUCAGAGAAGCAGGUGAAAGAGGCCAAGUCCAAAUGCAAGCGCAUUGCUCUCCUGCUGUCGGCUCCCGCCCCCAACCCUAAUAACAAGGGGGUGUUGAUGUUUAAGAAGCAUAGACAGAGGGCCAAGAAGUAUACACUUGUAAGCUACGGUACUGGUGAGGACGAGCCAAAUUAUAAAGACGAAGACGACAAAGAGGAGCACACUGUUGAGUUCACUGUUCUAGCCACAAGUGAAACAGAAACUGAUGAGGAUUUCUUUACCAAUGCCUCAGGUCAGAAAAGCAUUGUGAGCUUUGAUUGGGAUACUGGAUUACUUGAGAUAGAGCGCAAGCUUGACAAGCAGCAGGAUAUGGAUGCACUGCCUGAGACCAAGGGGAAAGGAGCCCUCAUGUUUGCCCAGCGCAAACAGCGCAUGGAUGACAUAGUAGAAGAACAUGAAGAGAUGAGACGUAAGGGGAUCCCUGUUGAAGCAGUGCAGGAGACUGAGACACAUAAAGCAUACCAACACACGGAUGAGCACACUUAUAUGCAUGCACAAGAGACCCAGAAUUACAUGGAUGUAAAUCUACACCAAAGCAUAUCGGCACAAAAGCAGCAACAGCAACAACAACAUCAUCAGUACCAAGAACAGUACUAUCAACAACAGCAGCAGCAGCUGUAUCAAGACUACCAGCAGCAGCUACAAUACCAGCAACAGCAACAUCAGUACCAACAACAGCAAGACUACCAGCAACAAAAAAUGUACCAACACAUGCAAUCAUACAAUCAGCAACAACACUGCCAACAACAGCAAGUGCAACAGUAUUCACAUCAUAUGAAUGGCAUGUUUGAUCAGCAAAUGCAGAACGAAAUGCAGCCAUUAGUCACAAACAGGAGUGCCAAACCAUUUUCAAUUCAGAAUAGAGUGGCUGCUCCAUUUUCCUCCCAAUCAAGUGCAGAUAAUCAAGAACAGUCUGGGUAUUCAUUGGGACAAGGUGAACAGAUUGCUUCCCGUGAUGAGCGUAUAUCUGUACCUGCUAUCAAGACAGGUAUCUUGCAAGAUACAAGGAGGAGGAGUGCCAAUAAACCUAUGUUCACUUUCAAGGAGUCCCCCAAGGUCUCACCUAAUCCUGCUCUGUUGAAUCUCCUUAACAAGAAAGACAAGAAGGCAGGUUUUGAGUCCUGCCCAGAAGAAGAUUAUUUAAGCUUAGGAGCUGAAGCCUGCAACUUUCUUCAGUCUCCUAAAAUGAAACACAAAAUUCCACCACCAGUUGCUCCUAAACCUCACCUUAACCCUGCUUCUCCCCCAUGGUCUACUCAACAAGAAACUAUUGACCAACCCAGUGUCCCAGCACCUGCAGAAGCUCCUGUCACAGAGGCUGAUGCUGCUCCUGCCCCUAAAAUGGGGGGCCCAACGUUGUCUGAACAAGAGCCUACAUUGGCCCCUGAAUCUCAUGAUGUUCCACACUGUCCUGAACAGCUUCCUUCAGAUAAUGCCUGGAAACAUCCAGAAUCUCAAAUGGAGCUAAACCAGCAACCAGAAACCUGGAAUGAGAAACAACCCCAGCUGCAAAUGAAUUCUGCUCUUCCUGUCGCACCACCUGUUACGCAGUCAGAUCCAUCUGUUAGAUCAUGGGAUCCAGCUCCAACUCAAGGUCAUCAGCAGAUUCCAGUAAGUACUUGGGGUCCAAAUGAGGUCCAAUUGCAAGUCCCAUCUCAAAACCAGUCUCAAACACAGCCACAGUGGAUGACACAGUCUCAAGGUCCUCCAGAAGUACAAUUGCAAGUGCCUUCUAAAACACAAUCCCAGCCUUGGGUAACACAGCCUCAAGCUUCACCCCCACCCAAACAUCCACCACAGCCUCAGCCCCAAAUCAAUUCUUGGGCACCAAGUCCAAAUCAGUCAACCCCACAAGCUCCAUGGUCUCAGCCACAUGAGCCGGCACAACCAUCUAUCAGUGUUUGGCAACAAGAUCAAAAUCAAGCUCAGGAACAUCCGGCUUGGACCCAAAAACAACAGUUCCAACAAUCACAGGCAAUGCCACAUUGGGCAUCACCCCCUCAGCAACAGCCACAGCCUUCUUGGGCUCAACCUCAGAGGCAGUCACAGGCCCUGGUUUCUCAGGCCAAACAGCAAGAACCAAUACAGCCAUCUGCAAAUGCAUGGACUCAGCCACAGAGUCCAAUUCAAGCACAGCCUCCAUGGGCUCAGCAGACUCAACCAACACCUCAGCCCACAGCACCAGUACAGCAACCCAUGAAUCCUUGGCCACCAAUGCCAGCCCAGUCCCAACCACAUCCACAGUGGGGACAAGAACCUGUUUCUCAACAACAUUCUCAACAAGUAAUGAACUCUUUUACACCUGUACAGAAUCAAAUUCAGCCUCCCUGGGCUCAGCCACUCCCACCAACUCCCGCCACUCCAUGGGCACAGAAACCUCAACAGCAGGCAUCACAGCCACCUGUGAGCCAGUGGGCACCACCACAAUCUCAGACUCAAUCAGCUGUAAAUGCUUGGGCAUCCCAACACCAGCAGAGUUCAGUUGGCAGCAUUGCCCAAAAUGAAACCCAGAAAUUGCCUCCCCAACCAAACAAGCCAUGGCGUCCAACUCAGACUUCUCAGCCUACUCCUCCACGACGAAUGAAUUCAUAUAACACUGGGACAAAGGCACCAUCUACUGUUCCAACAAGUAGUACUAUGUCACUCUCUGGUUUUGGUUCAGCAUUUGAGAUGCCGGCCUUGAGAGGGAAAGGAGCUGAACUGUUCGCCAAGAGGCAAUCCAGAAUGGAGAAGUACAUUGUGGAUUCUACCACAGUGCAGUCGAAUAAGGCAAGACCAUCUUCACCUUCUCCUUCUUUGCCACAUUCCUGGAAAUAUUCACUCAAUUGCAGGGCUCCCCCACCAUUGGCAUAUAAUCCAAUUCAUUCACCAUCAUAUCCACCGGGUGCUAUCAAGCAGCCUCCCCCUUCUAGCCCUUCAACAGCAAACAAGAACAAAAACAAAGACAAGCAAAAACCUGCCCCAAAACCUCUUCAUGUUCUUGAUGUCAUGAAGCAUCAGCCCUAUCAGCUGAAUUCCUCCCUUUUUACCUAUGGCCCAGCAGCAAAAAAACUUGCUGCAGAAAAGGAGGCAGCUGAAAAGCUUGCUGCUCAAAAAGCAGCUGAAGCUGAGGCUCAAGCUCAAGCUCAGGCCCAGGCCCAAAUUCAAGCCCAAGCACUAGGUCCUCCAAAUCAAAACCAGCAAAUGGCAUAUAACCAAAGUCCUCCCCCUUAUGGUUUUAUGCCACAACAGGCCCAGCAACCCUACGGGAUGGCUGGUCAGUCACCUAUGCAUGAUGGCCUUUACCACCAAGCACCUCCUAAUACAUAUCAGCCUGCUCUUAAUAAUUAUCAACCACAUUCUCAACAGGUCCCAUAUCAACAAGAAUGCAUCCCCCAACAAGCUUACCAACAACCUCCUUUAAAUCCCUACCAACAAGCACCAAGCCCUCCGUACCAACAGCCCUCCCCACCCUCCUAUCAGACAGGUCCUAAUCCAGUAUAUCAAGCUGGACCUGCCCUGGCUUACCAACCAGCCCCUAGUUCUUAUGUUGUGCCAUCUUACCCAGUAGCAGCAAGGGCUGACUCUGCCUCAGGAGGCAGUAUUAUUGCUGCUCCAAAGCCCAAAUUUUCAGCCAAGAAGAGUGCUGCCCAGGUGUGGAAGCCAAGCACUCCUGAAAAAUAGUUAUGUUAUAGUGCUUUUUUUCCAGUGUUGUUACCUUAGGACAACUAAGCUAUGGUGCAGAUACUUUAUAUAGAGCAGAAACAUACUUCCAAACAGAAAUACUGUUACAACAGACUUUUAAAAUCUGCCAGAACAGAAAAGAAGAGGGCAUACACAUUUCAGAAUAACAUCACAUGGGGGUUUUUUUUUACAGAAGAAUUCUCUGCCAAGUCCUUUAUACAAAUAUGUUUUUAAAGGCAUGGCCUGCUACAGGUAAGACAAGCUUGUACUUAGCUUAGACUUAAUUUUGGUCAAAGGGAAUCAGUGUUGAUUGAGUUCGAGAAGAGAAACGAAUGCUUAAUAAUGAGGGGAAUAUUUUGAUGUGAAAAAGUGACAGAGAGGCAUAAUGGUCUGUUAUGAGGGCUACUGAGUAACUUGAUUUGCAAUAGUACUUAAGGAUAUAAUCCUUAAAACCAAACCAACGAUAUAUAAUCAUAUUUAAAAUGUAUAAAAGCUUAACAUGACUUCCAAAGGGCUUAUGAAGUAUCACAUUUCAUACAAGCAAGUAUAUGAUAAUACAAUUCAGUGGACAGACAGAAAUAAAUAUAUGAACAGUACAAUGAUAGUUGGAAUAUGCAAGUAAACAGUGUAUUAACCAUUUCUGGCAGAGCCAACGGUGCAAGAAGAUACUAUAUAACACAGAGAUAGAAUGUAUUAUGGUGGCUAUUUUAUGUAGUGAAGUUCAAUCAACUCUCACUUUCUGAGGGAAAAAAAAAAACAUUGCUAUAUUUCUAAAUUGUAAUUAAUGUUUCAGACUUUCUUCAUAACAGAAGAAAUGAAUGUACUCAGUAUGUGAGGUUUUUUCAAGUAGGUUGAAUAGUGUCCAUAUUUUAAUGUUUAACAGCUGGUACAUAGCUUGAGAGCUCUUCAUUUUUACGUUUUAUGAAAAUAAGUAGAUUUUGUGUAAUUUCUUGUUUAUUUUUUGAGGGAGAAAUUAAUGUUCAGGGGUUUUUUUCAGUUCUACUAGAAAGAACAUCAAAUAAAACAGAUAUAGGAAGUCAGCAAGUUAAUUUUUAGUCUUCCGUUCUUUUUUGCUGUCUUUUGUUCAUUUCUUUGUGUGAUGUUUUCUUCAUAGUACACUAUUUGUAAAAUGUACCACAGUGCCAUUAAAGUUACUGUCUUCAGUUUUGUUUGUUUGCUUUUGCAUGUACUUCACUCGCUUCCAUCUUUACAA